UGGAUUACGAAUAAGAAACAAUAAUAGACAAGUUUGAAUAUUAUUUUUUUAUAAAUAAUAAAAGUAAAACAGAAAAGGCUGCUACAGCUUGGAGCCUUGGACUUCUCCCUCGAUAUCUUUUUUUUUAAUAUUUUUUUUUUUAUGAAAAAAAUUUCCGUAUUCCAUUUUCCCUGACUUUUGCAGAUAAUAAAUCUCUAUUUUCCAUUUUGCAAUCUUGUCGAAUGUUCAGUUGAAUUCCUUUCCUCUCAUGGCUUCCUUUCGCAGGCUUCUUCCUCUUUGCUCCUCCCUCAGGAGAAGGGGCUUUUCUUCUUCUGGAAUUCAUGGAGAUGGAGUAUUGGGAGCAAAUAUUCGAGGCUACAGUGGGAUUGCGUCCUCCAAGCAAACUGUGUCGAAGUUUGAGGAGGGACUAGAGCGUGCGAAAGCGGACAAUUUGGAGGUUAAUGAUGACAUUGACAAGAUUCGAAGGGAAUUUGAUGCUGCCAAACAGAGUUUCCUUAAGAUUCCUGAAGCACUCAAGGCAAUGCCCAAGACGAAUCCUGAAGGUAUAUAUGUGAAUAAGGGUAUUAGGUUGGAUCUUAUUCAAGUAUAUGGAUUCGACUAUGAUUUUACAUUGGCACAUUACUCUGCUGACUUGCAAAGUUUGAUAUAUGAUCUUGCAAAGGAGCAUAUGGUGAAUGAGGUUAGCAUUUGUGGCAGUUAUGUGGUUGAUGUAUUUGUGGUGCUGCAAAUUGUAAUGUUGAUGAAUUGUUAUGUGUUGGAUUUCUUGCAGUUUAGGUAUCCUGAGGUUUGUAUGGGUUUUAAAUAUGAUCCAUCCUUUCCCAUUAGAGGAUUGUACUACGACAAGCAGAAUGGGUGUCUAUUGAAGUUGGAUUUUUUUGGUUCCAUAGAGCAAGAUGGAUGCUUCUAUGGUCGUCGCCAGCUGAGAGAGAAGGAAAUAAAUGAGAUAUAUGGCACAAGACAUAUUGGCCGUGACCAGGCACGCAAGCUUGUGGGCUUGAUGGACUUUUUCUGCUUUAGUGAGGCAUGCCUCAUCGCUGAUAUUGUGCAAUAUUUCGUCGAUGCUAAACUAGAAUUUGAUGCUUGCUAUAUAUAUGAAGAUGUUAAUCGUGCAAUUCAGCAUGUUCAUCGAAGUGGUUUGGUUCAUAGAGGAAUUCUUUCUGAUCCUCAUCGAUAUCUAGUAAAAAAUGGUCAGCUAUUACACUUUCUUAGGAUGUUAAAGGAGAAGGGGAAGAAACUUUUCUUGCUGACAAACUCACCAUAUUACUUUGUGGAUGGAGGAAUGCAAUUUAUGUUGGAGGAUUCUAUGCGUAACAGGGAUUCAUGGAGGGAGCUUUUUGAUGUUGUAAUUGCAAAAGCCAAUAAGCCGGAGUUUUACACUUCUGAGCAUCCAUUCCGCUGCUAUGACACAGAGAAGGAUACUCUAGCUUUUACAAAAGUGGAUAAAUUUCUUCAAAAUAAAAUAUAUUACCAUGGAUCCCUGAAAUCUUUUCUCCAAAUUACUAAGUGGAAUGGCCCGGAGGUGAUAUACUUUGGUGAUCACCUAUUUAGUGACUUGAGAGGCCCCUCAAAGUCUGGUUGGCGGACUGCUGCAAUUAUCCAUGAACUAGAAAAUGAAAUAUGCAUACAAAACGAAGAUAGUUAUCGAUUUGAACAGGCAAAAUUUCAUAUAGCACAGGAACUACUUGGGAGAUUACAUGCAACUGUAGCCAAGAGUAAGAGAAGUGAGGCAUAUAAGUUACUUAUGGAUGAACUAAAUGAAGAGAGGCAGAAAGCACGCUGCAUGAUGAAGAGAAUGUUCAAUAGAUCUUUUGGGGCCACCUUCCUCACUGACAAAGGUCAAGAAUCUGCUUUUGCCUAUCACAUCCAUCAAUAUGCUGAUGUGUACACUAGUAAACCUGAGAACUUUUUGUACUAUUCACCUGAGACAUGGCUUCAUGCACCCUUUGAUAUCAAGAUCAUGCCUCAUCAUGUGAAGGUUCCGUCGAGUUUGUUUAAAAAUCAGUAGAUGUUAUUCCUCAAUGCCAUAAAGGAGGGGAGGUGUCCCAAAGUUUCCUCAUUUUAUUCAUAUCCAAAGGAUGGUAAGGAUGAUUAGGGUGACUCUGGUAUUAUGCUUAUAUUCCAUGAUUCACAUAUCCCUUCACAAGUGAUCAUAAUCAACAUGCAUCAUCUUCCAUUCUUUCAUUUAUUUUUGUUUCGGCCGAGAAAUUCUUUCAUUUAAUUAAAUCCUCAGAAUGUUAUCAUUUUUUUUAUCAACAAAAUAAAAUAGAAUUAAGGCCGUUUAAUUUGGUCUUUAGAUUAAAUGCAUGGAAAAAUAUGAUCCAUAGUAUAGCAUGGGGUAUGUGAUUCCCUUAUUUUAAAAAAUUGUUAACUUUUUGCAGUUUUUGCACUGAGAAAUGAACUAUCUGUUAUCUCUGAUCCAAAAUUUGUGG